AUGGCCACCUCGGCCCCUCUCUCGAAGAGCUCGUCGCCGCCGAAGCAGCAGCCGAAUGCGGCGGUGGCGAAGCGCGGCGCGACUCUGACGGGCAAGCCCAAGUCCACCUCGACGCUGACGUCGCACAAAGACCCUGUUGUCUACCACGGCUCUGUCAUUUUGAACAACCUUCCGGUAAACUACAAGAAGGUGUACACCCACACCGUGCGCCGCUUCUUCACAUCGGCGCAGCAGCAGCACAUUAAGGACGUGCGGCUGAUCGAGGAGAUCGGCAACGCAACACUGUGUGUUGAGGUAGAUAGCAAGGCCACCGCGCAGCUCUUCUUCCGCCAGCUGCAGAACCGCAGGGUGUACGGCCGGCGCUGGAAGGUACAGUACGUCCCCACAUCAGCGACGGACUGCAGCCCUGAGGCGUGCCUGGUCGACUGCUUCCUGGUACCGCCGGCCUCGAAAAACUUGGCGGAGCGUGCGCUAAGCGGCAUUCCUGGACUUCUCUCCUUCAUAGACACACCGGAUGAACCGCUGCCGGCGACCGCAGCUGCAGCCGCAUCCGAGCCGUCGCCUAUUCAAGACGCUGACAACGAUAGUGACGUCGAUGGCGGCGAGUGGGACCCCUACCAGGGCCAGCAGCGUCACAGGCUUCUUGUUUCCUUCGCAGACGAGGGCAGUGCGCUGCAUGCACGCGCCGUGCUGUCGGGACGCCUGGUAGGGACGUCUGGCGUGCGUAUGUUUCUCGAGUGCCGUCGUGGCGGUGAUGCGGUUCCGUAG